AAGAAAGUACAAAAUGUACACUCUCUCAUGAUCCCUUCCCUUCCCCAUUCACGCUAAGCCGCUUUCGGCUUUUCCGUCAGAUAGAUAGAUAGAUACUAUCGCCAAGUAAACCCCAAUUUCCAAUUCUUCAUCUCUCUCAUCCAAAUCUUCCCCCAAAACUAGUUGGGAUUUCUGAAUUUCUGUGAUCAUUGCUAUGGGUGAUAACAAUUCUCCAUCUGGGUCACCAAAACAAGAUGCAAAACCAGAUCUUGUUGUUGACGGAGGAGACUCCGCAAUUCCCAAAGGUGACACUGACACCACCUCGCUGGAAACCAUGGUUCGGAGUUUCCAAGAUUCCAUGUCUGUAGGGAAGACACACAAAUUCUGGGAAACCCAGCCUGUCGGCCAAUACAAGGAUCUCGGCGACACCACGCUACCGGAAGGCCCAAUUGAGCCGCCGACACCGCUAUCUGAGGUGAAGCAGGAGCCCUACAACCUUCCCAGUGCUUAUGAGUGGACCACUUGUGACAUGGAAUCUGAGGAGACCUGUGAUGAGGUUUAUCUCCUGCUGAAGAACAAUUAUGUUGAGGAUGAUGAGAACAUGUUCAGGUUCAAUUACUCCAAGGAGUUUCUGAGAUGGGCCUUGUGCACUCCUGAUUAUUAUAAAUCUUGGCACAUUGGGGUUCGUGCGAAAUCUUCGAAGAAAUUGGUGGCUUUCAUCAGUGGUGUCCCUGCGAGGAUUAGGGUGAGGGAUAAUGUUGUGAAGAUGGCGGAGAUCAAUUUCCUGUGUGUGCAUAAGAAGCUUAGGUCGAAGAGGCUUGCCCCGGUUAUGAUCAAGGAGGUUACUAGGAGGGUUCAUUUGGAGAAUAUCUGGCAAGCUUCUUACACUGCUGGGGUUGUGCUUCCGACUCCGAUCACGACUUGUCAGUAUUGGCACAGGUCGUUGAACCCGAAGAAGCUUAUUGAUGUUGGAUUCUCGAGGCUUGGUGCGAGGAUGACGAUGAGCCGUACUAUCAAGCUUUACAAGCUGCCUGAAUCAACUGUCACUCCUGGAUUCAGGAAAAUGGAGACGCGGGAUGUUCCUGCCGUUACGCGGCUGCUGAGGAACUACUUGAGUCAGUUUGUUGUUGCUCCGGAGUUUGAUCAGAGUGAUGUUGAGCACUGGCUUCUUCCCAAUGAGAAUGUGGUGGAUAGCUACUUGGUUGAGAGCCCUGACAGCCAUGAGAUUACGGAUUUCUGCAGCUUCUACACUCUUCCUUCUUCCAUCCUUGGGAAUCAGAGUUACUCCACUUUGAAAGCUGCUUAUUCUUAUUAUAAUGUGUCUACUAAGACUCCGCUGCCUCAGCUGAUGAAUGAUGCGCUGAUUGUGGCGAAGCAGAAGGAUUUUGAUGUUUUCAAUGCCUUGGAUGUGAUGCAUAAUGAGAGUUUCCUCAGAGAGCUCAAGUUUGGACCUGGAGAUGGACAGCUUCACUACUACUUGUACAAUUACCGGAUUCGGAGUGCCUUGAAACCAUCUGAACUUGGGCUUGUGCUCUUGUAGUUUGGUAUUUUUCAGUUUUGGUUCUGCCAUGUACUUGGUAGAACCGUACAUUAGUUUUGUUUUGCUAGCUUAUUGUUUCAACAUCAUUUCUUGUUCCUUUAAAUACUGGCAAUUAACAUUAUUGAGUUUACAGGGUAUCUCAUUGCCCCUCUUAUGGGGAGACUUUCUGGUUUCUGCUAAAA